GCGUCCCCGGCCGGUUUGAGGGGUGCGUUGCCCGGAGACGGAAAGUUUGGGAGCCGCAGCAGGCUCUUGCGUGGCCCCGGGUCGGGGUCCGAGGAGUGGCGGUCCUGGGGAUGGGGAAGGAGCAGGAGCUGCUGGAGGCGGCCCGCACCGGGCACCUCCCGGCCGUGGAGAAGCUGCUGUCCGGGAAGCGGCUCUCCUCCGGCUUCGGCGGCGGCGGCGGCGGCUCCGGCGGCGGCGGCGGCUCCGGGGGCGGCGGCCUCGGUUCCUCCAGCCACCCGCUUUCCAGCCUGCUGAGCAUGUGGAGAGGGCCAAACGUGAACUGCGUCGAUAGCACCGGCUACACUCCCCUACACCACGCUGCUCUGAAUGGCCACAGGGAUGUGGUCGAGGUUCUUCUGAGGAAUGAUGCACUGACCAAUGUUGCUGACUCGAAAGGCUGCUACCCACUGCACUUGGCAGCAUGGAAAGGAGACGCCCAGAUAGUGCGCUUGCUCAUCCACCAAGGGCCCUCGCACACCAGAGUCAAUGAACAGAAUGCUCUUGAGAUCAGAGAACUCAAAAAGUACGGCCCCUUUGACCCUUAUAUCAAUGCCAAGAACAACGACAACGAGACGGCCCUGCAUUGUGCAGCGCAGUACGGCCACACGGAGGUGGUGAAGGCCCUGCUGGAGGAGCUCACAGACCCCACCAUGCGCAACAACAAGUUCGAAACCCCCCUGGACUUGGCAGCGCUGUACGGGCGGCUGGAGGUGGUGAAGAUGCUGCUGAGCGCGCACCCCAACCUCCUGAGCUGCAGCACGAGGAAGCACACCCCCUUGCACCUGGCAGCGAGGAACGGCCACAAGGCUGUGGUGCAGGUGCUGCUGGACGCCGGCAUGGACAGCAACUACCAGACGGAGAUGGGCAGCGCUUUGCAUGAGGCUGCUUUGUUUGGCAAGACCGAUGUGGUGCAAAUUCUGCUGGCUGCAGGAAUCGAUGUCAACAUAAAGGACAAUCGUGGACUGACUGCCCUGGAUACUGUGCGGGACCUGCCUUCGCAGAAGAGCCAGCAGAUAGCCGCACUGAUAGAAGAUCACAUGACUGGAAAAAGAAGCGUGAAAGAAGGUGAUAAGACCUCCACAGCCCAGCUACCUCUCCUCUCCGGCACAGAUGCCAUAGCACCAAAGUCUCAGGGUGAGGAAAGUCACAAAGUCACAGCCAGGAAAGAGGUGCAGCCUGAGGAGAGCCAGUCAUUCUCAGGUUUUGUGUCUGUCGUGUGGAUGGGCAUUUGUGCCAGCGAGGCAGUUAGGGAACGCCCACCGCCUCCAGCAAAGCCGCCACCUGAUGAAGAGGAGGAAGAGCGCGUAGAUAAGAAGUAUUUGCCCUUGACAGCCUCUGAGGGCCUGGCUUUGAGACCCCGGAUUCAGAGCGGUGUCCCCCGGGAGGAGGACGAGCACCCGUAUGAGCUGCUGCUCACAGCAGAGACCAAGAAGCUGGGGGCCCCCGCUGGAAGGACUAAAGACCACAGGCAGAGCAGCAGCAGCCGGAGCCAGGACUCUGUGGAGGGGCAGGACGGGCAGGUCCCGGAGCAGUUCUCAGGUCUCCUCCACGGCUCCUCCCCAGUGUGUGAGGUGGGACAGGACCCUUUCCAGCUGCUUACUGCCCCCAGCCAGAACCACCCCGAGUCCCCCCAGCAGGACGCCUGCCACGAGGCCAGCAUGCAGCUGGAGGAGCCGGGUGUGCAAGGCCCUGGAAGCCCACAGCCCGGCGUCCUGGACCAAAGCAAGAGAGUGGGCUUCCCAGCAGGCCUGCCUGCCCCGGGCAGCCGAGCACACCUCCAGACGUGGACUCACACAGUGCCUCUGCACCCUGCUGGUGCUGAGGAAGAGGACGACAGGAGCAGAGCCCCUCCCACCAGCAAGCCCAAAGCGGAGCUCAAACUCAGCCGCAGUUUGUCUAAGUCUGACUCCGACCUUCUGACCUGCUCCCCCACGGAGGACACCACCAUGGGGAGUCGCAGCGAGUCUCUGUCCAACUGCAGCAUCGGGAAGAAGCGGCUGGAGAAGUCACCUUCAUUUGCCUCGGAGUGGGAUGAGAUUGAGAAAAUCAUGAGCUCGAUUGGAGAAGGAAUUGACUUUUCUCAGGAACAGCAAAAGGUCUCAGGUUCUCGGACGCUGGAGCAGAGCGUCGGGGAGUGGCUGGAGUCGAUGGGCCUGCAGCAGUACGAGAGCAGGUUGCUGCUGAAUGGCUUUGACGAUGUCCGCUUCCUGGGGUCUAAUGUGAUGGAAGAGCAAGACCUGAGGGAGAUUGGCAUCAGUGACCCACAGCACCGGCGGAAGCUGCUGCAGGCUGCACGCUCCCUGCCCAAGGUGAAGGCCCUGGGCUGUGACGGGGCCAGCCCCCCGUCAGUGCCCUCCUGGCUGGACUCCCUGGGGCUGCAGGACUAUGUCCACUCCUUCCUGUCCAGCGGCUACAGCUCCAUCGACACUGUGAAGAACCUCUGGGAGCUGGAGCUUGUCAACGUCCUGAAGGUCCACCUGCUGGGCCACCGGAAGCGCAUCAUUGCCUCUCUUGCAGAAAGGCCCUAUGAGGAGCCACCCCAGAAGCCCCCAAGGUUUUCCCAGCUAAGAUGCCAGGAUUUAAUCUCCCAGACAUCGUCCCCGCUGAGCCAGAACGAUUCCUGUACAGGGCGGUCGGCAGACCUGCUGCUGCCCUCGGCUGACACGAGCAGGAGGCGUCACGACAGCCCGUACGACCCCGGGGCCGCCUCUCGGGCAGAGCGCUUCCGAGGGCAGGAGGAGCCCGGUGAGACCAAGCUGACCCUCCGUCCACCCAGCCUGGCUGCUCCCUAUGCUCCUGUACAGAGCUGGCAGCACCAGCCGGAAAAACUCAUCUUUGAAUCCUGUGGUUAUGAGGCCAAUUAUCUGGGCUCUAUGCUGAUCAAAGAUCUUCGAGGGACAGAAUCCACACAAGAUGCCUGUGCCAAAAUGCGGAAAUCUACCGAGCACAUGAAGAAGGUCCCCACCAUCAUCCUGUCCAUCACAUACAAAGGGGUCAAGUUCAUUGACGCUUCCAACAAGAAUGUCAUUGCUGAGCAUGAGAUCCGGAACAUUUCUUGCGCUGCACAGGACCCGGAGGACCUGUGUACAUUUGCCUACAUCACCAAGGACCUGCAGACCGGCCACCACUACUGCCACGUUUUCAGCACCGUGGACGUGAACCUCACCUAUGAGAUCAUCCUGACCCUGGGGCAGGCAUUUGAGGUAGCCUAUCAGCUGGCCCUCCAGGCCCAGAAGUCCAGGACCAUGGGGGCCUCUGCAGCUGCGAUGAUUGAGACAAAAUCUUCCAAACCGGUGCCUAAGCCUCGGGUCGGCGUGAGGAAGUCUGCGGUGCCGACGCCCCCCGACACUCGCUGUUGUCACUGUCACACCUGCACCACCCACCGUCCUUCCUACCUUCCGCUGCCGUCUGUUAGUCCUGGAGUCAAGCUGGAACCGCCUGAUUCGGACCAGGAGGCCCCAUCCCACGCUAGUGUUUCCUGGAUUGUGGACCCAAAGCCAGACUCUAAGCGGAGCCUCAGCACCAAGUAUGAGACCACUAUCUUCUAAAGCCACCCUGUCUCCACCACCCCACUGUGCCUUUACCACCCGACCCUUCUGCUGUCUCAACUCUCCUUCCAGCUGCGCCACCAGGCCCCACCUCCGUGGGCCCUGCUCUCCCGGCAGCAGCUCAGACACUCCUCCACACACAGCUCCUGCUCACACCACCCAACACUGUGAAUCCUCCCUUGGGCUGAGGACAGCUGGGGGGUGACUUGCCUUUGAAGGGGGCACCAGAGGGGCUCUGAGGCCCCCAAAGUCUACAACAGGCACUGUGAGGCGAGGGGCGGGGGUAGCUUCUAGCGGGACCCCACUAGCCCCCUCCGAGGUUGCUCUCCUCUCCUGUCCUCUCCUGGGUCACAGCUGGAUGCCAAAAGCUACCAGUUUUCACCUUUCCUGAGCCCCCAGCACUGUGACUACCCGGUGCCGGGAUGUCCUGCACACAGCCGCCCUCAGGUGCUGCUUCCUCACCUGGUCAGGCCCCGUGAUGUGGCUUCACCAGGGACAGACUUUCUGUAAGGGCCAAGGUUGGUACCAGCCAUGCCCUGCACAUCCAAACAGUGGGCUCCUGAGGGGCCUGUGUGUGCCUGGCCCCCAUCUGUGCUGUGGGCCUGGUUCCGGAGUCCAGCUCACCGAGGUGCGCCCUGCACACAAGUGCGCCUUCUUCCUUCUCCAAGUGGAGCUGCCCGCGCACAGGGCGGAGACCGAGCAGCUUCUCUGGUGUCUGGCAACGUUCUCACCCUCCCUACGGUGGUGGGGACCUGAGGCAGCCGUCAUCCAGCCGUCCCCAGCAGCUAGCGUCACGGAGCUGGGUCUUGGAGACAGCCCCACAUGUCCUGGCGUGGGAAGACCAGUCUAGAUGGCAGGGGACAGAAGAUCUGGUGGCUGUGGCCGUGGAGCCAGCAGUGUAGGACAGUGCAAGAGGGGCAGUCAGCACCCGAGCUGUCCGGCAGGGCCGGCCCACCGCGCGGCCUGCCUCUCCUGUGCCUUCCUGAGCAGAUGGGCCAGGAGCAGCGUGGGCUGUGGGCUGUGGAGGGCGUGCAGGGGAGGCAGGGACCUUUUGUUCUGCUCUGUCCUUCCCGUUUCCUCCACUUUGCGCAGGCUCUUUGGUUAACUCUUUCCUCCCCCGUUGUUUGCUUCUGCCAAGCUGAGCCACUGAGGAGCCAGCCACACUGUGCUGUGGAAACGCGGAGGUGGGGGGCACAGGUUCCUGUGCCCCGGCGCCGCCGAGAGCCUCACCUGCAGCGCUGAAGACCCAGGCCCAGCCCCGCCGCGGGACCUCCUUUCCGCUGCUUGGCCUGGGCCUGCCACCACCUGCAGGACAAACCCAGCCAUGGAGGCAGAGAAGACACCAGGCAUCUAGCCGAGGGGACCAUAACUUUGGGUGGCCCAGGAGUGGCCUGUCCAGGACAUGUGUUUUUCAUAGGAAAAAGCAAUCUUUUUUAUAAAAUUUUAACACUUGGCUCCAGCUUCUGGGUGAAGCUGCCAGUCAGGAAGACAGAGGAAGACCAGCAGAAGCCUCGCCUGUACAGCCCCUGCCUUCAGGAUGGGGUCUCGGCCUGGCAGUGGCUUGGCCAGAGUUGAGACUUCAGUCUUUGGUCCCCAGCUGCUUUAGAGCUGGGCCGAUGGCACUUGGGCCAGAGCAGAAGUUUCUGGGGUCCCAAGUGGGGAUGAGCAAGUAGUUUCUGGUGUGGGGAACUCCUUGGUACUCCCCUGUGCACGUUAGCACUGCCCGAGGCAGCUGACCCAUGUUGCUGACAGGCUGCGGCAGCCAGGUCAGAAGGGAGAAGGGACUUUGUUUGGAGCAUUAAUGGGAAUGUCAGCUAAGACUGCAGCUUGCCAGCUGGGGAUUUGUCUGUCCCACCUCACGCUAGUACUUUUUGACUGUUGUAUCCUCUGUGCUGGACACAUCUGUUCCAGAUGUGGAAAAGGCUUGCCCACUAUGGUCUUAAGGACAGGCUGGUGCUCCUUAACCUCUUCUGCAGCUUGCUUUACUUUUUAAAGUGACUUGGGUGGUAGUCCUUGUCCUGGGCUUAAGGAACAAUGAGGAGCAGAGUGCUAGGCAAAAGGGACCAAGUCAGGCCGGCCACUCCCCAGGGUUUCUGGAGUAGAGAGCAAAAUGGAAGAGACGCACUGAGCCCAUGGGGACAGUAGCAGGCCUCAGGCUUUCCUGGCAGCUCAUUCUGGUCCUGGGGACAGUGGGCCAGGCUUGAGCGGUCUGUGAACUGCAGUCCUGGGCGUGUGUGUGGAGUGCUCCUGGGUGUGUGUGUGGAGUGUUCCUGGGUGUGUGUGUGUGUAGUGCUCCUGGGCAUGUGUGUAGAGUGCUCCUGGGCGUGUGUGUGGAGUGCUCCUGGGCGUGUGUGUGGAGUGCUCCUGGGCACCUUCACCUUGUGGCUGGUCAGUGGGAAGCAGGGCUGACCUCUGCUAGACCUGGGGCUUUCUGUCUGCUCUGUGCUGAGGUACAGCUCCUCUCUGGGAGGAAGCCAGUGCUCCUCCACUGCUCGGUACUGGCGGAAGUACUUCCUUUCCCUGCCUCGCGCUCUCAGCCCUUGAAAGCUCCCCUUGGUUCGUGGACCGGUUGUGCUGAACCCCUCCCUGCUCCCAGCGGUGAGCUCGGUGGUGGCUGCGAAGCCUGGGGACACUGUAGACACUACGAGAAGUUCAAGCUGCAUUUUGUUCUAAAACCACAGGCAGGCACUUCUUCCCUUGACGCUGCUACGUCUUAUUUAUUCAGGGUGUUUCUACCAGAAAGUCUUUGGCUUGGCUGCUCUGGGUCUCGUUGCAAGAUUGGUUUGGGGACAUUCAAGAAACCCCUCUUCUACUCCUCGGGGCGGGUCUCCCCGCUUCAGGACAGGUGCCAAGUGGAAGGGUCGUGUCCUCUGACAAAACCAAGGCUGUGCCUGGCUGUGGAGGAGCCGUCCCGACGAGGGUGGUAAAACGUGCCCAGUGUCCUCAGCGCCGUGGCCGCAGGCUGCCCUGAGCAGGAGGCCCCCACCAGCAGGCUCUGCAUCCCAGCGGGGGACUCUGGGCUCUGCCCCUGAGGUUGCCUGUUAGGGAGUUCUCGGGAAGCCUCGGGUUUGAGCACUCGGAAGGCCUGGCUGCAAUCGUCAAGAUGAUUCACAGUCAGCUCGUGAGGGGCCUGGGCCUAUACUGCAGGUCACGGGAGUUGUUGCUCAUGGCGGACGGUGGGACUGGACUAUGAGAAAAAUGUUAUUUAAUCUUUGUUUCCAUAUUUUGAUACUUGAAUGACUUCCCUUUUGUUUUACUGUACAUAAAAUUGUUAAUCUGUCUGAUUUUGUUUGAAUUAUAAACACCUUGUGGUACCAAACGUAACCAACCUGUGCAGCAGCAUAGACUGACCUCACUACAGCGUGUGCAUAUCCUGGUCUUCCAGCUCGGUUGUAAUUGUCGUGGCUGGACAGCUUAGGACAGACUGAGCUAAUAAAGGAGAGCCUGGAAACCA